GAAGAGAGGAGCCGGGUGUGGGGAGGUUUGUUAGAACAGACGCCAGAGACCCACUUUCUAAGAGAAAGAAAGAACAUCUGCAAAUAAGAUGCUGUUUUUGCACCUGGUGUUGCUCACGGUUCUUGUCCCAGGUGGUGACAGUGACGAUGACCUCCCGGGGCCGAACUCCUUCCGAAUCAUACUGACAACAUCCUUUUACAACCGUUCCUGGACACAAAGUCUUGGCUCAGGUUGGCUGGACGAGCUGCAGACUCAUGGCUGGGACAGCAAGACCGGCGCUCUCCACUACCUGCGACCUUGGUCCAGGGGCAACUUCAGCCAGAAGGAGCUGACGGAACAGGAAAGGUCAUUGCAUGCAGCAUCCAUCGUAUUUCCUCUGAUAUUUCAGAACAACGCCAAUAAAUGGCAGCUGGAAUAUCCUUUUCUGGUACAGCUGGUCAAAGGCUGUGUGCUGCACGUUGGAGAGGCAUCAAGAGGAUUUCUUCGGGUUGCAUAUCAAGGAUCAGAUCUUGUGAGCUUCCAGAACACGUCCUGGUGGCCAUCUCCAAAGGGAGGAAAUAGGGCUCAGGAGGUCUGCAAACUACUCAAUCAGUACCAUGUGGUCAAUGUAAGAAUAGAAGCACAUAUUAAUGAGAUCUGCUUCCGUUUCCUCUCGGGUCUUCUUGACGCAGGGAAGGCAGAUCUGCAGCGACAAGUGAGGCCAGAGGCCUGGCUGUCCCGUGGCCCCAGUCCUGGUCCUGGCUGUCUGCUGCUGGUGUGUCACGUGUCUGGUUUCCACCCAAAGCCAGUGUGGGUGAUGUGGAUGCGGGGUGAGCAGGAGCAGCCGGGCACCCAAAGAGGUGACGUCCUGCCCCAUGCUGACGGGACAUGGUAUCUUCAGACUUCCUUGGAUGUGGAAGCCAGGGAGGCAGCUGGCCUGUCUUGCCGAGUGAGACACAGUGACUUUAGUGUUGAAAAUGUCCCUGCAGCCCAGACCUGCAAGGCUGACUGGUGCUCAAGAAUGUGUGAUGUGUCUCACAGACAAAACCCUUGUGCAGGACACACUUGCACUGCUGCCUCUCAGGCAUCACAUUUUAUGUACCUGUGA